GAGUUGCCACAAUUAGACACGAAUUUAGCUUCUGGCAGCGCUAUCAGCCGGAGGUGGCAAAGGCAACAAAAAGCCGCAACUGGAAACUGAACGAGUCAAACUAGACGUAAAGUGAGGUUAAACCGAAUUUGGGAAACUAGAAAUCUAUAAAAAUUUGUUACUAUUUUGAGUUGCGAGAAUACUAAAAAGGAUUCAGUAUGCCACCGAAGAAGCAUGAUGAACCAGAACGCAAAGCGCUAAUCGGACGCAUUGGCACCAAUUUAAGAAUUGGUAUUGUCGGCGUACCCAAUGUGGGUAAAUCGACGUUCUUCAACGUGCUGACAGAGAGCGCUGCCCCCGCGGAGAAUUUCCCCUUCUGCACGAUUAAGCCCAAUGAGAGUCGCGUUCCUGUGCCUGAUGAGCGUUUCAACUAUCUGGUGGAAUACCAUAAACCAGCCAGUGUGGUACCCGCCUAUCUAAAUGUGGUGGACAUUGCCGGUCUUGUCAAGGGUGCCGCCGAAGGUCAGGGCUUGGGCAAUGAUUUCCUUUCGCACAUCAGUGCCUGCGAUGCCAUUUUCCAUUUGUGUCGUGCCUUCGAAGAUCCCGAUGUUACCCAUGUUGAGGGUGAAGUUGAUCCAGUCCGCGACUUGGAGAUCAUUUCGGAAGAAUUGCGUUUAAAGGAUGAGGAAAAGUUACUCCAGAAUCUAGAUAAACUGGAAAAAGUGGUGGCUCGUGGUGGUGAUAAGAAAUUGAAACCGGAAUAUGAUUCUAUGGUUAAGAUCAAGGAGAUUUUGAUUGAUCAGAAGCGUCAUUUGCGCUUUGAAGAUUGGAAUGUCCAUGAUAUUGAGACAUUAAAUAAGUAUUUAUUUUUGACCUCAAAACCAGUGAUUUAUCUGGUUAAUCUCUCUGACAAAGAUUUCAUACGCAAAAAGAAUAAGUGGCUACCAAAGAUUAAAGAGUGGAUUGAUAAAAACGAUCCGGGAGCUCUCCUCAUACCAUUCUCUGGUGCCUUUGAGCAGCAGCUGAGCGAGAAAGACGAACUUGAACGCAAGGCCUUUGAGGAGGAAACCAAAUGCAAAAGCCAAUUGGAUAAGAUCAUUAUUACUGGCUAUAAGGGAUUGCAGUUGGAAUAUUUCUUCACCGCCGGACCGGAUGAGGUUAAAGCCUGGACUAUUCAAAAGGACACAAAGGCUCCCCAGGCCGCUGGACGUAUUCAUACCGAUUUCGAGCGCGGUUUCAUUAUGGCCGAAGUAAUGCAUUUCGAGGACUUUAAAUCUGAGGGCAGUGAAGCGAAUGCCAAAGCGGCGGGCAAAUAUCGCCAACAGGGACGCAACUACACGGUGUUGGAUGGUGAUAUUAUAUUCUUUAAAUUCAAUGCCGGCGCUGGCCUUAAGGAUGCCAAAAAGAAAUGAUAUCGCCUUGCCACAAUUGUCACCAUGUUUGCAAUUUUGUAUAUUAAUUUGAUUUUAUACUCGCAAUCGUUUCGCUUAGCUGGGGCGAGUAAGCGAGAGAGCUGAACUAUAUUCACGCUCUCUCGCUCUCACUUGCUUAUUGUCUAUCUAUUACACACAUGUUCAUGUUCAAUAUCAAAGGUCUCUGAUAUCUGAUAUGAUAUAGAAUGCAUUUUUUUUUUCGCCGAUUUCGUUUUUUUACCAUAUGUAAAAUACAUUUAUGACUCUGUCAUA